AUGAAUGAAGGUGGAAGCACCAACCCAAUAAUGGCUAAAUUUAAUGCUUUAAAGACUAUUUAUAGAUUCUAUAUUGACAAAACAGUUCCACAUGUUAAAGUAAGAUGGGCUUCAUUAAGUGGUUUUAUACUAUUGUUUUUGACUCGUGUUGUUUUAGCUCAAGGUUGGUACGUUGUUUGCUAUGGUUUAUUUAUAUUUUUAUUAAAUCAAUUUUUAGCAUUCUUAACUCCAAAGUUUGAUGUUUCUUUGCAACAAGAUGAAGCUAACAAGGAAUUAGAAGCAGGUGAAAGAUCUGAAGAAUUCCGUCCAUUUAUUAGAAGAUUACCUGAAUUCAAAUUUUGGUAUAAUGCUGCCAGAGCUACAGCUGCAUCAUUAUUAAUGUCAUUUUUUUCCAUUUUCAAUUUACCUGUUUUCUGGCCAAUUCUAUUGAUGUAUUUUAUUUUAUUAUUCUUUUUAACAAUGAGAAGACAAAUCCAACAUAUGAUGAAAUACAAUUACAUUCCAUUAGAUAUUGGUAAGAAAAAAUAUUCUAAAUCAUCAAAAUAA